CACCGAACCAUGCCUCUCCCAGAUGUCGCUAUACCAGUGGUCUACAUGAAGCAAGAGUCAGUCACAACAGCAACAGUACUACAGAGGUCAACUGCUCGCCAGUUCAAAGAGAGGAGUCUGAGGUUGUCUCGUGAAGAACUAGACAGCCAUGACAUCGUGUUGAGCUACGACAAUGGGACCACCUACUCUAUGGGUGAUGGGGAAAAGUUCGGUCAUCGCCUGGAGAACUGCAAGGAGUUGCUGGUCUUGUCUAGAGGCCAACCGAGUUCACCAGCAUGUAGUAAACAGACGUUUGACAUUGAUCCGUGGUUCUUCAAUAUACCCCCCGACAUCCAGAGAGUGGAACUAAAGGAAGAUACCGCCUGCCUCUUGGCCGCCUGUUUUGGAGAGUUCUGGGAAUCUGUCUUCUACCGUCUCGGCUUCAACAUGGCAGACGUGAGCCAUACGAUGGAGAGCUCGCGACACAACGAAGCGCGCGCUGCCUGCAGUCUGCUCUGUCAGUGGCACCAGCGGGAGGUCAAGGCCGCGACCUUCCAGGAGCUGGUCAGCGAGCUGCUGCUGCUGCACAAGUCUGGCGCCACCCACGUCGACUGGGGCAGGGUCAAGGCCGUCAUGACCAUGCACGUGGACAAGAAGUGACCCAGUGUUACAUUUUUGUUAUGUUGACGUCAGCAUUGUAGCACUGUCUGUCUACAUUAGCUAAAUUAGCUCUAACCAUUGGGGUCGCUAGGUCGGGUGUCACCCGGUGCGGCAC